GCCGGCGCGGGCAAGUCGAACCUCGCGCACACGCUCGUCGCGCUCACGCUCGCGCGGACGGCGCCCGGCGCGAAGGUCCUCGUCGUCGAGACCAAGGGCCGGAGCGCCGCGCGCGCGUCGCUCGCCUUCCUCAAGGCCCGCGGCGGAAACGCGGACCGCGCGCGGGACCUGCUCGUGUCGUCGGCGCACGACGCGGAGGUGCUCCUCGCGACGCUCGCGCGCGACGCGCCCAAGGUCUGCGCGGCCCACGGCGUGUCGCUCCUCGUCGUCGACUGCCUCGCGGACGUCGUCCGCGCGCUGCCGCCCCGGGAGCGGCGCGCCGCGCUCGCGGACGCGCUCGCCGCCGUCGCCGCGCUGUCGAAGGCGCACGGCGUCCCCGCGGUGCUCACGAACCACGUCUCCGCGGACUUCUCCGACGGCGCCGACCCGAGCGCCGUCGUCGCCGCCGACGACGCGACCUUCGCCAAGGUCGCGACGGCGCGCCUGCGGCUCACGCGGAGCGCGGCCUCCGGCGAGCGGUCCGCGACGCUCGUCACGGGCGCGCGCGACGACUUCGGCGACCUGCCGUCGUCGCACUUCGCCGUCACCGCCGCGGGCGUCGCGGACGCGGGCGAGCCGGGGGACUGGAUGGCGGACGUGGGGUAA